CGACAAUAGCCGUUGGGACCAUUGAGCCCCGGGGUCGGGACCGUGUGUCCUCGCACAGUGCCAGUGCCCCGGCCACGCCCCGACAACGACUCCGCCCUGGCUUACGCCAUCGCAACCGAGGUGGAAGAUAGUAAGCACGGGUCUUGGCACUGUCUACGCUGACUGAUGGGGCCGUUACCGUAUUUAGUGUUAUUUACGCUUCCAUUUUAUUCACUGGCUACUUCAUGUGAGAUGUUAAAGAAGUCUCACUAUGACUACACAACUCUGCUCAAGAAAGGCGCUGCAACAGACUUAAAAAUCUGCACGGGCAAGAAUGCAUGCUGUACGAAAAGCAUCGAGGAGGAAAUUGUCCAAAAUACGCAGAAAAUCUUCAAAGCGCAGCUGGAGGACAAAAUUCUAGUCCUUCGCCACAUGAUCAAUUCUCAUUUGAAUAGCUUUCGAACGUACUUCUACAAUUCACUUAAUGCAUGCCAUGAGCAAUUGGAUGCACUAUUCGGGCGCACUUACGGUCCAUUCUAUCAAAGCAAUUCCCAGGUUUUCGAGACAUUUUUCAAUCGUCUUCGAGCAUUUUCCUCACCGUUUUCCGAAGCGAAAGUUCCACAAAUUACCAGCCAAUUAUUUGAAGAUAUGUUCGUCAUUAUGUUUCAACUAAUGAAUCCUAUGCACAGUGUGACGUCUACUCAACGACGUUGUAUGCUGGAUGGUAUGGCGGAAAUUGCACCAUUUGGCGAUGUUCCAGAAAAGCUUGCCAUGCACUUGGAAAAGCCAUUGGUUCUGUGGAAACAUUUUGUUUUUGGUCUGGAUAAUGUUUACAAUGUGCUGGAAGGAUUCAUGAAUAUUUCCACAUCCAAGGAAUGCAACAUAAACCUGGCUCGAAUGUGGGACUGCUCACUCUGUACAGGCGGCAACGAAUCGAAAGCAUGUCCUGGCCUUUGCCUGAAUGUCAUGAAAGGAUGCCUUGGCGAUUGGGCCGAAAUGGAUCAACAAUGGAACAUUGUCAUCGAUUCUCUGCUGAAACUUUCCACACGGAUACGAAGCUCACAAAAUCUACACAACUCUUUGCAGCCUCUACCGGUCCAAAUCAGUGAGGCAGUGAUGGAAAUGCAAGAACGAGGAGUUACUGUAUCAAAUAAGGUGCUUGCUCGCUGUUACCCGAUAGAAGAGCUGAUGCGAUCUUCUCGUCAUCAACGAUCAACUCGUCCACGUCGUCAUGUUAGGCAUCGCUCUUUGACUGAUAGGACAGAUAACUAUGGAAAAGUGCUAAACUCAUUGAUGUCGACGUUUUCUGAGCGUUUCGAACCGCUACGGGGAUGGUUUUCUGCGUUGCCAACGACAUUCUGUACCGAUUCUGGAUUAGUGGCGAAGGAGGGGGAGAGCUGCUGGAAUGGGAAUGAAACAGCACCAUAUACAAAGGAAAUAGCUGGGGAUGGACUAGCUAAACAAAGCACGAAUCCAGAAUACCAGGCGGACCGAUUUCUGCCAUACCGAGGACUUUUCAUCGAUGAACGACUUCGGCUGGGAAUGCUUUCAUUUCGUCUUCAAAACGUUCUGCACGGUUACAACUAUACAAAUUAUCAAGUUGUAGAGGGUAGCGGCGAUUCGGAUGAUGAGGACUAUGACGAAGGAUCUGGACUUUCCAUAGUAUCCCUCUAUUCAACCGAAUCUACAGAACAAACGGUAGAAGUACAACCACAUACCUCGACAGCGCGAAUAUUCACUUUAUCCCUGCCUUUGCUCAGCAUAUUACUGUACCUGACACGAUUUUUGUGA